AUGUACUGGUUACUGGUUGCAGAGGUGAAGAAAACACAUUUAAAGCUGAGAUCCUGGUCCCAGAAGUGGUUGAAAUGGAGGAGAGUUAAGGGAGAAUUAGGGCAAUAGGAAUUGCUGAAAGCUGCCUCUCAAGGAUUACAACUUUGCCUUUGCUUUUACGGAUGCUUGUUUACUAUCCAUGUGGUAACCGCUGGACAGCCAGUAAUCCAUUCAUUAUCCACACUGAUUGAGCAGGAGUAGUGCAGUGGUAACUACUUCACUCAGCUGACGGCAAACGACAAAAGGAGGGAAAUGAUGAAUUCGGACAAUUUAACCUCCCAAAGCUUCCUCUCUGCGAUUCACAGCAAUGCGAGCAAUUUAUUCUCAGGGCUCCAGUUUGUUCAGACCUUCAAGCCACUCAUCAUCCCCUGCUACUCACUAGUGGUUUUUAUUGGUGUCAUUGGGAAUUACCUUCUCAUUUAUGUUAUUUGUAAGACAAAAAAAAUGCACAAUGUCACCAACUUUCUGGUAGGCAAUCUGGCUUUCUCCGACAUGCUCAUGUGUGCAACCUGUGUACCCCUGACACUCGCGUAUGCCUUUGAGCCCAGAGGAUGGGUGUAUGGGCGUUUCAUGUGCUACUUUGUUUUCCUGAUGCAACCCGUCACUGUGUUUGUGUCUGUCUUUACCUUGACUGUCAUAGCUGUGGAUAGGUAUUACGCCAUGGUGUACCCGUUCCGCAGGAGGCUCACCAUCCCUAUUUGUGCUUAUAUCCUGGCUGCUAUUUGGCUGCUGAGCUGUACCUUGGCUGCCCCAGCCUUGGUCCACACUUACCACGCAGAGUUCCCAGAACUGGACUUCUCCAUCUGCGAGGAGUUUUGGUUCCACAUGAAAAGAGAUCGCUUAGCUUAUGCCUACAGCACUCUCAUCAUCACCUAUGUACUGCCUUUGGCUGUCAUCUCCCUGUCCUACCUGAGAAUCUCAGUCAAGCUGAAAAACCGUGUGGUGCCAGGCAACGUCACCCAGGGCCAAGCUGAGUGGGACCGAGCAAGGAGGAGAAAGACUUUUCGCUUGCUAGUCUUAGUGGUGGCAGCCUUUGGAGUCUGUUGGCUGCCUCUGCACAUCUUCAACAUGAUAAAGGACAUAGACAUCAGCUUGAUUGACAAGCAGUACUUCAAUUUCAUCCAGCUGCUGUGCCACUGGUUUGCAAUGAUGUCUGCUUGUACCAAUGCCUUCCUCUAUGCCUGGCUCCAUGACAGCUUCAGGGGGGAGCUGAAGAAAAUGUUUGCCUGGAGAAAGAAGAAAAUUAGACCCACUACAAAUUGCAUUAUGGCCAGUGUGGUGCUGUAA